AUGGCAUCCUGUGCAAAACAAGUAUUUUAUAUGAGUGACCCAAUAGAUGGUCGGCGGUCGGUUGUUCUAACAACACAACCAAAAGAUUAUGAUUACCAAGAGUCUGGUGGAGAUUUAUAUCUCAAUGAUAAAACUUUUGAAAUCAAUCCACCACCAAUUGAUGUCGCCGUUCGGGACGAAAUCAUUUCUUCUCGGGAAGACGGUACAUUGACUAUGGAUGACCACGGUGACUAUGAUGAUGAUUUUGCCCUUUGGGGACAAUCCAUUGGUGGAGUGAAGGAAUACUUCUCGAAGUCGAGUACAACCAAUGGGGCCAGUGCGUUGGGGACAACCGCAAAUGAACCGGUUAGCUUGAUUGGCUUGUAUGCAAGACGAAAUCUUCCACUGGCAUACAAUGAUUGGAGAAAAGUUCCAAUGGAAUUUAAAAAUCUAUUAUGGGAGUACAUCAAGUCAAUGUUCAAGUUAGGCCCAGAAGCUAAGCAUUCUACCUUAAAAACUGCUGGACGAAGAUGGAAAGACUGGAAAGCAUUCCUAACAAGGAACCUAAUUUUCAAAUACAAAGAUAAAGUUCCAGCAAUGCUCGAUCGUCCUCCAGAUGCUUAUGCUUCAUGUUACAAGCCCGAAGAUUGGAAAGCAUUUGUUGCCAAAAGAUGUAGUCCCGAAUGGGCAAAAAAGAGAAAGAAAAUGCAAGAUAUCAGGAGUCAAAAUACAUACAAUCACCAUGCGGGCCGAGGUGGUGUUAAGAAAGUUGAAGAAAAGUUGGAGAAAGAGUUGGGCCACCAGCUUACUAUAUAUGACAGGGCAGACUUGUGGAUUAGAAUACACACGAACAAAAACGGCGAGCUCGAUGGCCCUGCUCAGGAGGUCGCUGACCGGAUUGCUGAGAUACGAAAGCAAGUUGAGGAGGGGACAAUAUUAGUAGAAGGCUCAAAAGACAUACUCACUCUAGCCUUGGGAACAGAAGAGCAUGGAGGACGUGUUAGAGGAAUGGGGGGUGGUAUGUACGUGAUUGAUCCCAAAGAAAAAGAUCCGGUCUUAGUUGCAUCAGGUUAUGUGAAACUUGAAAAGGCAGACAAAGAAGGCAAUAUUAUAAUACAUGGAGUUAAAAAGAAGUUUGAUGAUUUCAAACGUGUCUUUAUUGAGAAGGUGGUUGAAGAAAAUGCCAUUCUACCAUGCCCUAUAGAACAUGAAGGCUUCGACACAGUUGGUUUAGCUGUAAACAAUUUUGUAGCUUGGCCAAAGAACCUAAUCAACAUACAUCCAGAUGAUUUAGCGAAGAUGAAAGGAAAGAAGAAAGUUUCAAGAGAUCAUUUGGCUCCACCGACUCAGCCACCGAUAAACCCAAAGGGGCCUAAUAAACAGUCUGUCAAACGGUACAUUCCCCCUGCAAAGACACAAUUAUUGUCUGGACUUUCAGAGAUUGUGAAGAAUUGGCCUGCUAAGAAAUCAAAGAGAUACUAUAUUAAACCGGAAGUGUUCGGAGGAGAAGGCCAAGAGUGUUGGAUCAGCGCUGACGAGGUGGAAGAUGUGUGCGAGCUCCAUAUGAUUGGAAAUACUGUUAUGUCUCUUUGGUGCAGUUAUUUGCAAGAACACACACUUAAUCUUGGUGGGUUGAGGAAUACAUAUGCAUUUAAUAAUCCUGCUUCAGUAUCAACUGAAGCUGGUAAACUCAAACAACGUUCAGAGAAUCUAUGUCAGCGAAUGAUGGGUAUGCAACCUGAACAAUGGUUGAUAUGUCCGUGGAAUUCAGGUGAUCACUGGUUGACAAUUAUGAUUCAUGCCAAUACUCAAAGUGUUGCAUAUCUUGACUCGACGAAUGACUUUAUCCGAACUGAUAUUAUGAAAUGUAUCCAAAAUGCUGUGGACAUGUACAGGAUCGAAAAAAAUAUACGAAACAAGGGUCCAGUAAAAAUCAACCAAUACACGUGUCGACAGCAGCCGGAUGGAAUACAAUGUGGUUAUUAUGUUAUGAAGAUUAUUCAGAGUUUCAUGACGGUUGUUAAUCCUGCAAGUUUUUUGAAAAAUCAUUUCAAGUUAGACGCUCCCUAUAGUAACGAGGAGAUCAAUGCCGUACGGGAUGAGUUGGCCGAAUUUGUGAAGCCAUUGAUUAUAGAUUAAGUACUUAAGGUUACUACACUUUUGAUAUAAUACAUGAGUAACAAGUUUUAUGAUUAUUGUUAUCUUUUGCAUAUAUUAUUAGUUUAUAUUUAGUUUACGAUAUACAUGGAAUUUAAGUUUUAGAAUCGAUUUUAUUAACAAUUUUGGUAUUGUGUGAUUAGUUAAUAGAAUCGAUUACUAAUUUAAUAUAAGUUUCAAAAAUGUUAUUUUAAUU